UGCCCCUUCUUUUGCUCCAUUAUUUUUGUACACAGUCUCAGAGAGUCUCACAGACAAAGUGCACCCACACCAUUUCAGAAACAAAACAAACUCUUUCUGCGUGUCAAGGGGUAGAGAAGAGAGAAAGAGCUGGCAUGGGCCACUGUCAGGUGUCUGCUUUCCACUGCCCACCACCCUCUCCCUCCUCCACACUACUCACCCUGCAACUUUAUCAGCCUCUCACUACCACUCCUUUACACUAGGACUUAGACCACCCCCCCCCCCCCUUCUCUUCUUCAAGCAAUUAUGAUAUUGAUGAUGAAUGGGCUCUAGAGAGAUAGAGAGAGAAGGCAGGCGGAGAGUAAAGAACGUCUCUUUCUCUACUUUCUUAAUCUCUACGGAAAUGGGCUCGUCCUCUUUCACUACUACUGACUCAGGAGGCAGCUCCUCCUCCCCACCCAACAUCAACACCAACACCAACCCCAACAACAACAACUCCACCUCCCCACUCAACGGCCUCAAAUUCGGCCGCAAAAUCUACUUCGAGGACGGAGCUGCUCCCCCCAAAUCCGGGUCUUCCUCCUCCGGGGCCACGCCGCCCAAGAAGCAGCGCAGCGGUGGUGGUGGGUUUGUUCAUCAGAGCCAGCCUCCGAGGUGCCAGGUGGAAGGGUGCAACGUAGAUCUGAGUGAUGUUAAGGCUUACUAUUCUAGGCAUAAAGUGUGUGCCAUGCACUCCAAGACUCCUACUGUUAUUGUUGCCGGACUUGAACAGAGGUUCUGCCAGCAGUGUAGCAGGUUUCAUCAGCUUCCUGAAUUCGACCAAGGUAAACGUAGUUGCCGUAGACGCCUGGCUGGUCAUAAUGAGCGUAGGAGAAAGCCACAACCUGGAUCCAUGAUGUCUUCACGUUUUGGCCAUCUCUCUUCAUCUAUUUAUGAAAACAGCAGCCGGGUUGGAAGCUUUCUAAUGGACUUCACUGCAUACCCACGGGCUGAGAGAGAUGCAAGAGCUUCAGAGCGGCCACCUGGAAAUCAAACUGUCACUGCUACUGGAAAGUUUCUUCAACAUCCCUGGCAGAGCAACCCUGAGAAUACUCGAUUUAAUCUUUACCUGCAAGGGUCAGCAGGUGGUACCAGUUAUCCUGGUCCUGGAAUUCCUCCGGGAGAACGCGUCACAGGAGUUACUGACUCGAGCUGUGCUCUCUCUCUUCUGUCAAAUCAACCGUGGAACUCUAGAAACCGAGGUGUUGGCACAAACACCUUCUUAAACACCCAAGGGACACCCAUGGCUCAAUCAAUAGCUAACGUUGGCACCAUAAAUCCAUUUCCAACCACUUCCUGGGGUUUCAAGGGAAAUGAGGCUGGUAGCAGUUCCCAUGGGAUGCUUCCUGAUCUGGGUCUUGGUCAAAUCUCGCAGCCUCUUAACAGUCAUUACUCUGGUGAGCUCGCAUUGUCCCAACAAGGUAGGAGGCAGCAAAAUAUGGAACAUGGAAACUCCAGGGUGUACUCCAGGGCUUAUGACUCCUCCGGUCAGCAGAUUCAUUGGUCUCUUUAAAAGUAGCCUUUCAGUGUCAAUUUGUUCGGAAACUGUCUGCUUAACUAUAUAGCUUAUUGUUGGGUGGAACCCAAACUGGCUCCGCUUUUAUUUUUUUUAAGACUUAAGAACAUGAUUGAUCAGGGUUUUAGCCUUGUAAGCAUGAACUGCUUUAC